UCACAAAUCACACUUGUGUUGAUUUUGAUUUUAUUUUAUGAUCAUGAAGUUCUCGAAAUAAUUUACAAUAUUCUUUUGCUAUGGCUAUUCAAGGGAUUUCUGGUUCAAAAGAAUCAAUUGUAUCUUCCAUUUUGAUUCAACGACUUGCUUCUGUCCUUCCUAAAGACGUCACUUUUAGGAUCUACCAUCUAUCUACCCCUCCAACCAAAACCUCAUCAUUAUAUUCUGCGCCCCCGAAUAGUCGUCCCGAUAGAACCUAUUGUGAAAGUCAUUUUCUUACAGUUUCGAUUCAAACUCCCUUGAAACAAGAUGUGUCAGAAACAGUUGAGGUAUUAGUUUUCGCAAUUGAAAUCCUCAUUUAUUCCACCGCAUACGAUACUACAUUUUUCGUUUCAAAGGCCGAUUCGACUGGAUAUCUUCAUUUGCUAAAUCUGCCGAAAGGAACCCCUUCUCCAAUACGAGAUAUCAGUGCUACAUUCUUGCAACAUUUGAUCCAACAGCGUCAAAGAGAAAAUAUCCGCAGUGUUGUGUCCCUUUUUGCCAGGGCUCAAGAUCAAUACCUUUUCCCCGGAAGUAUUGAAUACAAUGGAAAGCAUGUGCUGGAUGAUAGAGGCUUGGUGCGCUGGUGGUGUCGAGUGCUUGACUCGCUAAUAGAGCAGACGGAAACUUCUAUUGAUUCGCGAAAAUCUCAAUGGGAUUCAGUCAAAGGUUUUUUGAUUGUGCCUGGACAGGAUAAUUAUGAGACUAGGUCAUACCUUCCAGCAAGAGCAAAAAUACAGGGUGCGCAAAGCUCUUGGACUAUCGGACACCCACUACGGCAAAUUUCAAGGCAUAUAAACGACGUUCCUCCACGAUGCUUAGUUCCACAUUAUCCAGACGAUCCAAAAGCAAGAUUUCUAGACGAAUUAGACGAUGAGAUAGGGAGAGGAAAGGAUGAUUCGAGUGGACAAUGGAAGAGCGUGAGGAAUAUUGAUCAAUUCUGGGAGAUGAUGGCAUAUAGACAAGAGUGUUCCGCUGGACGACUAGUUGGAUUUAUAUGGAUCGUUUUAACACCAUCAGUUUCUCAUGAUCAAGGAGAUUUUGUCCUUGGCAUCAGUCAAACCACGACGUUGGCCAAUGAUAGCCAAGAGGAACUCAACUUUUCAUUUCCAUCAGUUCCAGAUGCUACAGUCGCUUCCACUCCAUCAACAUCCUUCACUAGCUCGUUUCCAUCUCAGCAGUCACCUUCUACGCGCAGUGAUAAUAUGUCAUUCACCGAGGAACCUACUCGAUUAUCAAAACCUUCUGCCCUACGAAAGAAGAAGAAAUUAUCGGGUGUUAUUAUUCCCAGACAGCCACGAAUUAAAACUGAGACUAAAAAUUACCUGCUAGAAAGACCUGAAAGCACCGCAUACUAUUGUUGGAGACCAGAAGGUCGCGGCCAAGUCAUUGUCGACGAAACAGACUACCAUCGAAUUAAUGAAUUACUUCUUCGGCUAGACUUUGCCGAUCUUGACCUAGCGAGCUCGAGUUCCAAGAGAUGGAUUAAUGAAGUUCGUUCGGGUGCAGGAAGCAUGGGCGAUGCAUGGGGUCAAUUAGUUACAGGAACUAAAGUCACGGAGAUUACAAAUAAGACGGGUAGCGCAGGCAUUACGACGCUUAAUGUAGGACUUGUACGAAAGAAAAGGAAAUCGAGUACGGACGAACCCCAGGGGCCUACUCCCCCCGCAACAGCGGUACCUAAGGUUAAUGUGCUUGGAGCCGGUAUGGUUCGAAAGAAGAUAAAGAACUAAUAUGGCUACCAUUUCGCCCAGUGUAUAUUUGGUUUAGUUAAAGGUCUGCUUUAAAAUCGGAGUUGGAUACGGCGUCUCCCAAAAUAUGAAAUACCCAGGGUAUGGAUCACGGAUAAUAAAGGCAAUUAUCAUUUCGCAUUUUUAUACAA